CAUUCAUACGCCAAGCAGCAGAGCGUGCGCAUCACUCGCGAGCUACACGCUCACUCGCAAUCAGAUCCAUUUCUUGUUUUCACGCGCUCCGCUCCCAUAUCCAAAGAGGACGAGGCGGGAGGGGGGGAUCCGCGCGAGUGAGCCAUCGAGAGCCUGGGAGAACGGACCACGGUUCCGACCGCGACAGGGAUGUAUAGCAAACACCGACAGAAAGAUGGCCAAUUUUUAUCGCUACAAUGCAGACAUUCGCUAAUAAUGUUGUCGCUGUUACUUCUGAACGCCAUCCUGCAGAGCGCGAGUGGAGACGUUCGGGAACAAGUGUCUUCAGAAUCCUCCGGCGGGCGGAUGGUGACGGCUCAGUGGCUCUUGCGAGGACGCAGCCGACGGGAUGCCGGGCCACACACACAGGACCAGUUCCCAGACAGAGGAGAGAUUGUGGUGUCGGCGCAGGACCUGGAAUUGGUGCUACAGGUGGAGCGAAAUCAGGAGCUCCUCGGUGAAGACUUCACAGAGACCCAUUACCAAGAGGAUGGAACUCCAGUGACCCUCACAUCCAAUCAAACAGAUCACUGCUUCUAUCAUGGGCGAGUGCAAGGUCACAUGGACUCCUGGGUAGCUCUCAGUACGUGUUCAGGAGUAAGGGGCCUGAUUGUCUUGAAUGAAAAUGACACAUACUACCUGGAGCCCAGGGGAGGACAGGAGGUCAUCCAUCACUCCUUCUACCGCACCGAGGAUCUGCCCAUCCAGGGCGGCACUUGCGGGCACGGGCAUCAGACUGGACACCCUGGACUCAUCUCCAGACUCAUUCAACCUUUGCAUCAAAGGGUGAGACGCAACGCCUGGGGCACGACCAAGUACAUGGAGCUGUACAUCGUGGCCGACAGCACCCUGUACAAAAGACAAAACAAGGAUUAUCACAAAACGAAGCUGCGGAUCAUGGAAAUCGCUAACUACGUUGAUAAGUUCUACAGGGCCCUGAACAUCCGCGUGCCCCUGAUUGGCCUGGAGGUGUGGACGGAGCGGGACCAGUGCAUCGUCAACGAGGAGCCCAACGCCACGCUCUGGUCCUUCCUGCAAUGGCGCCAGAAACUCAAGUCCCGCAAGAAGCGACAGCUACUGACGGGCGUGAUCUUCAAGGGUACCACCAUUGGCAUGGCACCACUGGAGGGCAUGUGCAGCCAUGAGAACUCCGGGGGCAUCAACGUGGACCACUCCGAGUUCCCCAUCGGCGCUGCCGCCACCAUGGCCCACGAGAUCGGCCACAACUUCGGCAUGAGCCACGACCACGAGGGCUGCUGCGUCGAGGCCUCGGCCGAGCAGGGCGGCUGUGUCAUGGCCGCCGCCACUGGGCACCCGUUUCCCAAGGUGUUCAGUGGCUGCAGCAAAAGGGAUUUGGACAACUACUUCCAGAAGGGAGGGGGCAUGUGCCUGUUCAACAUGCCCAACAUGAAGGACCUCGUCGGGGGGAAGCGCUGCGGGAAUGGCUUCGUGGAGGAGGGGGAAGAGUGUGACUGUGGGGAGGCAGAGGAGUGCACCAAUGACUGCUGCAAUGCCAACAACUGCACACUGAAGGCGGAGGCAGAAUGUGCUCACGGGGUCUGCUGCGAGGGAUGCAAGCUGAAGCAGGCGGGCACCAUGUGCCGCGGGCCAGCCGGGUCAUGUGACCUGCCCGAGUACUGCACGGGUGGCUCGCCAUACUGUCCGGCCAACGUCUACCUGCUGGAUGGCUCCACGUGUCAGAGUGGCCACGCCUACUGCUACAACGGCAUGUGCCUGACCCACGAGGCGCAGUGUCUACAGCUGUGGGGCUACGGUGCCCGUCCUGCACACGAUGCCUGCUUUCAGGACGUGAACGUGGCUGGCAACGCUUUUGGCAACUGCGGAAAGGACGCCCAGGGUAACUACGUGAAAUGCGACAAAAGUGAUGCCAAGUGUGGUAAGAUCCAAUGCCACAGCGCUGCCAAGAAGCCCAAGGGCACCAAUGCCGUGUCCAUCGACACCACCAUCCGCAGGAAUGGCAUGGACGUCAAGUGCAGGGGCACCUACGUCUACACCACCCAGGAGGGGCAGGGCGACCUGCCUGACCCGGGCCUCGUCAUAACGGGCACCAAGUGUGGAGAGGGGAAGGUGUGCAAGGACCGCCGCUGUCAGAACGCCUCCUUCACCGAUCUGGAGAACUGCUUAGGCCGUUGCCAUGGUCACGGGGUAUGCAACAGUAACGGAAACUGCCACUGCAACCGUGGUUGGGCACCCCCUUUCUGCGAGAAGCCAGGCCUGGGCGGCAGUGUGGACAGCGGGCCUGUCCAGUACGACAGUCAGCUGGGCUUGGUCAUUGGGCUGCUCUUUGCCUUCCUGGUGCUACUCCCGGCCAUUCUGAUCUCCUUCUACUGCUUCAAGAUCAAGAGCUCCUACUACCACAAGUGGCUUUCACAAAGAGAGAAGACCAAGGCCAGCAGACAUGAGGCUUCCAUGGAGAAGGGGAAGAAUGGUCACUUAAAUCCAGCCUUUCAUCUGAAGGUCGUCGCAGCUUCAAACAAGGGCACCAACCUUAAGGGGAUUCCUCACACCAGCAAAGAAGUCCUUCCUCUCAGGCCAGGCCCCAUGCCCAACGGCUCGCAGCCGGUCAACGUGGUGCGUCCACUGCGGCCAGCCCCGUCUCCGCGCCCCUCUCCCCGGGACAUCAAGGGCCCGCGGUCGCACCUCCCCACCAGCAAGCCGCCCGCCGCACCCCCCAAGUCGCCCGCGCACACACACACCCACAAGCUCAGCCCGCCCAAGAAACCGCUGCCGCUCAACCCCACACGCUCACCACUGCUGGCGUCUGAGUUGCAGUCGCGCCACUCCCCGUCUCCUCCCCAGAGGCCCCUGCCACUCAGCCCUGCCCGGGCCACCCCGCCCAAGCCCUCCUCGGGCGGCCUGCUGGUCAUGAUGCCCCCCGCCGUGGGGCCCAAGCCCGUGGGCAUGGUGACGGCCACGCCCCCUCUCAAAGCAUUCAGACCCGUACCUGGAGCGAAACCAAACACAGCCUCAUCGCCUUUCAGAAAAUGACCCUGGUAGGAACUGAGCUCUGGAAUAGAGACUGCAGUCAGCCUUAUUUGCACUAAAAUAAAACAUAAAGACCUUGUUUGGAGGCUGUUAAAAAACAAAAACAGGACAGGCUCACUGUCCAACAGGCAUCCCUCCAGGAGAGGCAGAGUGGUACUGGGGUCGAGUCGAGGCUCUGCAACCCACUUCCCUCCCCGCCACACGCUCCCAACGCUGACGACCCCACCGUGCUUGGCAAACGCGCCCGGCACAUGACAAGACGCGGUUUUUGCACUCGGAAGACGCAGAUGCAGAACUGAGACAACAAAAUCAAAAAGUUUUUAGUUUCGAGGGUGGGGUGGGGUGGGGGUGGAGUGGUCAUUUUACCAAAAUCUUGAUUCAAUCGUCAUUACGUUUACGUGUUUUGUGUAUCAGUUUGUUUUUACUUGUCGUGUUUUUUUUGUUUUUUUUUAAAUAACUGUCUUGUUUACAUUUGCUUUUUAAUGUUUAUGUAUGAUGUGCCAAAGACAGUUUUUGUUCAAAUGUUCACUCAUUUUUUUCCAUGUGAAUCUUCUCAAGUGUAUGUUUGUUUUUCUUCGCAUCCUUACAUAAAACCCACUGUUUUUUUUA